CUCUCUCUCUCUCUCUGUGUGAAGGCAGAGCCAUGUAUCGUGUUUUGAGGAGCUUGUUAAUAACAAUAAUGAUAGGAUUAGGAAUGAGCACAAGAGGUGCAUUUGGUGCCAAACAUGAGGUUGGAGGGAGCCAAGGAUGGGAACUCUCCACCGAUUUGGAUUCAUGGGCCUCGGCCCAAACCUUCAGAGUUGGGGACCAAUUGGUUUUCAAAUACACCAAGGGAUUACACAGCGUUGUGGAACUGGCAAACAAAAAGGAAUAUGAUGCUUGUGAUUUGAGCAAUGCACUUAGCUCUUUGAGUGAUGGCUCUGAUGUGGUUAAGCUAGACAAGCCUGGACACAAAUAUUUUACCUGUGGAACCAUGGGCCAUUGCCAAGGGGGCAUGAAGCUCAAAGUUAAGGUCCUCUCAACAGAUGAAAAAGCUAGCCCUCAGGCCUCACCCUCCUCUACAUCUUCUUCUCCAACAAUUUCUUCUGCAUUUUAUGCAUACCCACCUUCAUAUAUUAUGAUGAUGGGGCUAAUUUCAGCCAUUCUUUUACUGUUGAGGUGGUAGUGUUUGUGCCUUAUUCAGGGCUUUGUCCAUUAAGUCGCUUAUUUGGCCUUGCUUCUAUUGAGUGGAGAAUUUUGAGUUGAAUUCUUGUAUUUUUUUUCUUUUUUCUUUGAUGUUUUUUUAUUUGAGAGAAUUAUGAGUUCAAUUAUUGUAUUUGUAUUCAUUUGAGGUGUAAUGAUGUUGUCUUAGACAUUGGGAAUCAAUGUUUCUUAUCUUGCA